AUGAUGCCACCAAAGAUGCUGGGGGUAAUUGCUGAUAUAAAUGUUAUGCAUUUUAUCAAUGAGCUGACCUCUGCUGCUAUUGCAUAUGGUCUUGACAAGAAGGCUACCAGCGUUGGUGAGAAGAAUGUUCUUAUAUUUGACCUUGGAGGCGGUACUUUUCAUGUCUCUCUGCUCACCAUUGAGGAGGGUAUCUUUGAGGUCAAGGCCACAGCUGGUGACACUCACCUUGGUGGUGAGCUAUAUCCUGUUGCCUAUGAUGCUGCUGUCCAGGCUGCCAUCUUGAGUGGUGAGGGCUAUGAGAAGGUUCUGGACUUCCUGCUGUUGAAUGUUACUCCACUUUCUCUUGGUCUGGACACGGCUGGAGGUGUCAUGACCUUUCUGAUCCCGAGGUACACUACCAUCCCCAGCAAGAAGGAGCAGAAGAUCUCCUCCAAGCUCGACGCAGCUGACAAGAAGAAGAUUGAGGACGCAGUUGAUGGCACCAUCCAGUGGCUUGAUGGCAACCAGCUUGCUGAGGCUGACGAGUUUGAGGACAAGAUGAAGGAGCUCGAGGGCAUCUGCAACCAUAUCAUUGCCAAGAUGUACCAGGGUGCUGGUGUUGACAUGGCCUGUGGCUUGGACGAGGAUGCACCAUCUAGAGGUAGUGGCGCUGGCCCAAUGACUGAGGAGGUAGACUAA